AUGCAUCUCAAGAAAGAGCGACAUAACCUCCAUGAAGGCGGGCUCGUUCACAGCAUCUUUAUCGCCACACAAAAGGGCCGGCACACGCAGACGACGGCGGCGCGCAGCAACAGUGUUACCAACGGUGUAAACGAAGGCGGUGCCACUGCGCUGGCAGGGUGCGUUCAAUACUACAGCUAUACCCCCACGGCAUAUGUGUUAUCGUGCAGCCGACGUGAACCUCUAGACAUGCUAGUGUCGGGCAGUCAGACGCAUCCACGCCGCCUCGGUCGCUCCACAAACGAACGCAUAUACACGGGUGAGACGCCGUCCUGCAAACUCUGCGCACGAUGGCGUAAAUUGAGGCGGUAA